CGCAUGCGCCGUGCACAAAUUUUACGCGCGCGCUUUUCCGUUAACUGCGCUUCGAUAAGCAAAUUGUUGUUUGAUUUUGACUAUAGAUUUAAUAUGUUUUUAUAAGCUGUUGAUUUAAAACAAGAACCCAAACCGAGCAGUUGAUUUAUAAACGCAAUCGCAGUAUCUCCAUCAAAAGAGGAAUCCACCGCACAAAAAAUGCGCAGUCAGAGCCGUAGCAGUUGCUGCUGGUUGUUGCCAUUGGCAUUUGUUGCCUGCCUGUUGCCGCUGCCUCAUGCCACGGCCGGUGGCAAGCACAACCACAGCGGUGUCAUUGCAGACGCCGAGCUAAGCGCCUCGGAACGUAAUCGUCGCUUGAUACCCUAUAUGGCCUUCUAUUUGCCCGCACCGGAGCUGCCCAUCAAUCAGCAAUAUGCCGUCAAGCAUGCCUCAGCUGCCGGUGGUUCACAGCUGCUGCCGCCCGCCGCCGCUGGUGCAGCGCCUAGUCGCAUACCAGUGCCCGUUGCCUACAUGCCACAGACGCAUCCACAACAGCCGCAUCAUCAGACGCCGCAUUAUCAGUCGGGCGCAGCGGACGUGUAUCAUACGCUAGCGGUGCAGCAUGGCCCGCUGCCACCGCUGUCACCUGUGCACGGCAAGGAGACGCCAUCGCCGGGCGCCACAUUUAUUGCCUACAAGCCAUUGAAUCCAACGCACAAGCACAAGACGGUGCAGCACUUUCCGCCUUUGCCACAGCAGGAACAGCAAGAGCACCACCACCACCACCACCAUCACCACCAGCAACAGCAGCAGCAGCAGCAGCAGACGGAGCCACUGCAGCAGCAGUACGAGUUGCUGCCACCGCCUCCGCAGCUGCAGCUGCAGUUUCAGCGGCAGCGUGGCAAACAAUCAAAAGUCAAUUUAACGCCGUUUACAGCGCAGAAUACGCUGCCGGGACACUUUAUACCCAUUAUUUAUACGCCGCUGAGCAAACCGAACAGCAACAGCAACAGCAACAACAACAACAACAACGACAACGACAACAAUGAGCUGCAUAAUGCCAAUACAAUCAAUUACAACAAAAAUCAGUCGCCAUCUGAAAUUGUCUACCAUAAAAAUUCGCAUCAAACACAAAUUGUUACGGAUUAUGCAGGAGAUGUGCCCUCAGCAGCCGGAGUUGCCGCCUCACCGGAUUCACAGUCAUCGGGGGAGGCGCAGCCGGAGGAUGCGGUGCAUGCGACGCCGAGAAUCAGGGAAAUGCCAACAAGAAUUAAAAUUACUUUUUAUAAUAUAUUAUGUAACUUCAAGACUAAUAUAUAUUGGCCUGCUAAAGUAGUUAUCCGCCCAAUGGAGCUGCCCCUUAGUAGAGUUUUCACUGUAUGCUCAACUCAUACGCUUUUGCAUGUGCCCCGCAGCGUUGGCUAUAGCGUGUACAAUGAGCCAGCCAUUGUGUCAUCAGCCCCUGCCACCACAUCCGCCGCCUCAUCGACAUCCACAAACCCACAAACCGCAUUGAUAGUACACCAAAAGUCGCCGGCAUAUGGACACGUGAGCAAAUACGAGAGUUACUUUAACAUGUCGCCGGAUCAGCAGCAGCAGCAGCAGCAGCAGCAACAACAACAGCAGCUGACUCCGCAGGAGAAGUACGUGCUCUACUUGCAGCAGCGCAUGAAACAGCAACGGCAGCAGCAACAGCAGGAGCGCUUACUACACCAUCAUCACCAACAUCAUCAACAACAACAGCUGGCGCAAAGCAAUACGAAAGCUGGCAAACAUCCACACAGUCACCUACAUACGCCAACUGCAGCACCACCUCCACCACCACCACCACCAUCACCAUCACCAUCCCACCACAGUCAGUUACACAAUUACAAUGGGCUUUUCGUGCGGCCGGAGGCGGCACAGACAGCGCAGCAGCAACAGGUGCUGCAUAUUCCAUUGCGCGCCCUCAUGGGUCAACUGCAUGAGCAGCCAAAGGACUCGCUGCUCGGCUCACCCGCACCGCCCCACUUCAUCGAUUACCUCAUCGAUGGACCGCGUCAGUCGCUAGACGAGGAGCAGCAGCAGCAGCAACAACAGCAGCAGCAGCAACAGCUGUCACAUCAGGAACACUCUCAAGCCGCACCCUCGCAUCCGCCACAGCACGCCUACAUUUUGGUAACCACCUCAGCGCCCUACGCGGAGCAUUCGCAGCCACCCCGACUGCCUGAUGUACAACCCACCCGUGCACCUGUGCUAUACAAACAGCAGCCCACGUUGCGGCUGCAACCGGUGCCGCCUGUGCACAAGUACCACGCCACCCGGCGACCCGUCUAUAUCAGUCCACCCACGCCCAGCGAUACGGUCAAGAUUACGCCCAAGUAUGUGUAUGUGACCAGUAAGCCGUCGCCACAAUCUGUCCACAGCGAGUCGCCCCAAGCGCCGCCUGUUAAACUCAAACCCAUCCACAAAUACACGCCAGAGCGUGCGCCUGCUUCGACACGACCGAGUCAGGUGCUCGACACGGUGGAUGAUGCGGAUCAGCUGCCCGACAUACGCACCUCCUCGCUGGCAGAGAUUCUGCAUAAGCUGCAGGCGAGCAACCACCUGCCACAAACUCUCACACCCGAUAACAUAGACAACUCCAUCAAGACGCUGAUACGCAUCCUGCAAAAUCUGAAGCAGACCCAAACAAUUGUAUCCAAUCCUCCCCAGCAUCAUGAGACCAAACACAGCAGCAGCAACAGCAACAGUCCCGACUAUGAUUACAACACGGCCAGCGAAGAGGAACAGCCGCACACGCCGGCAAAAGUGGCGGGCAAUGUCGAUGCGGAUCUGCUGCAGCUGAGCGGACCAAAUAAACAUCCGGGUCCUAGCACAGGACGUGCCGGUAUUGAUUAUCCCAACUACGCGGAGAUUCCAAAGACCAGCUUCGAGUGCACGCAGCAGCGUUACAAGGGUUUCUUUGGCGAUCCAGAGACCAAUUGUCAGGUGUGGCACUAUUGUGAUCUCAAUGGAGGCAAAGCCUCAUUCCUAUGCCCCAAUGGCACAAUCUUCAGUCAGAUCGCGCUGACUUGCGAUUGGUGGUUCAACGUGAAGUGCUCAACCACUUCCCAGUUAUAUGUGCUAAAUGAGCGUCUGUACAAGUAUAUACUGCCCUUUAAUCCUAAAUUUCCCGAGGACUACAAUGGACCCAUUGUGGAUAAAUAUCUGGCCAUGAAGUUCCAGGAAAUGGAGGAGAAAAUGCGCGUGGAUAAGCAGCGCAAGGCCAAUCAGCAGGCGGAAAAACCGGCAGCCCGCGACGAGGCAUCUACGCCCGCAUUGCCCAAGAACCACAAGCCGUCACCGAAGCACGGCAGCGGCAUUAAUGCUCAGGUCUAUGAGCAGAGCUCGGAGCGCAAUCUUCUCAUCGAUGAUGAGAUUGAUGACAUCUCGGAGCGCGGCACCUACGAUACAUACGGCCAGGCGCCAACCACUAUAAUGGCGCCCAUAACAACAACAACGGGCCAGGACACGCAAACGCUUGGCUUGAGGCCCAUAGUCGUAUCUUCCACACCGGAGCCAGAGCCAGAGCUGGAGCUGGAGCUGGAGCCAGAGCAUCUGCCAGGUGCCGAUCCCGAGCUGGAGGCGGACACUGAGCUGGAUGGCGAUACGCCAGAGAGCAGUGAGGAGGUGAACAAGCUGCAAAGUUUGCGGGACACAAAUACGGCAGCAGGCCAAAAACAGCUCGAGACGAUAAAAGUAAGCGUCGAGAAGCUGGAGGUGAUUGAGAUUAAAACGGACGGCACAACCGGACACCUAAUGCCCAUUGUCAGCGGCAUGGGGGAGAGCAGUAAGCAGGCGAGAAAGUGACAGGGGGAGCAACAAUAAGAGAGCAAUUAGCCUGGUAGGGAAUGCUUGCCAUAUUUGUAAUGAGAGAAUUCUUGUACUUGUUCGUUUGUUGAUUUUUGGAUGCCUUUAAAUUAUUCUUAGCGAGCGAUUACUGUAAAUAGCUAAACUGUAAAUGAAACAAUUACUAUCUAUAUAUACCUAUAGAAAAAGAAUUAGAUAUAGCAUGUAAUUAAAAUAAAGACCCAAGUAUUAAGAAAACA